AUGGCCCUCCUUGCAGUUUCGUUCGAGGACAAGCUAAAGGAGAACUUCCAGCGGGGAAACGCUGAGCUGGAGAGGCGGCGGCAGGUCUUACAGGAGCAGGAGCGGCGCGAGCAAGAGAGGCGGGCCCAGAAGGCCCGGGAGGAGCAGGAGCGGCGUGAGCAGGAGGCGCGGGAGCAGGAGAGGAGGCGGCAACAGGAGCAGGAGCGGCGGCUGGAGAGGCAACGCGAGCUGGAAUGGCAGAAGGAGGAAGAGCGCUUAAAGGAGCUGGAACGCAAGGAGGCUGCUAAGCAGGAGCUGGAGCGUCAGAGGAAGAUGGAGUGGGAGCGGAGGAGGCGACAGGAGCUGCUGAAUCAGAGGAACCAAGAACAAGAGGACAUCAUCAAGCUUAAGGCCAAGAAGAGGAGCUUGGAGCUGGAGCUGGAGAGGGGCGUGACUGAGAAGGACAUCGUCUGUCGGAAACUCAAGGAGCAGCUGGAUGUGCUGGAGAAGGAUACCGUGGCAAAACUGUCGGAGAUGGACCAGUACAACGUGGACAUCAAG